AUGCAUCAACUAAGAAACAUCGCACUUGAAAAAACACUAUGGUUGACAUUCUUCAAAUCGGGUACAGGUAUCUUAAAUUCUGAACAACCCACUUACAAACUAUGGCCACCAUUAUUCAAAACUAUCAUACGACGAGCUUUGCAACAGUCAAAUAUAGAUCUUGAAGUGACAGAUAUGCUAUGUUAUAGUGGCGCUUAUUCUCAUCAACGUCGAUUAGAAGUAUGGUUUCUAUCUCACGAAGAAAACUUGUCCAACAAAGCAAAAUUCAUACCCAAUUUUGAAUUGAAUAUUAAACCAUGGCUUGAUAAUUUCAUUCAGCAACAUAUUCGUCCAUUAGAAUCGGACUACGAAUAUAAAAUUGCAUUAAUUGGCUACGAUUAUGAAGAUGAACGAUUAGCUUAUGAAAUUGAACAACAAUCACAUGUACUCACAGCUAGUCAAGUAAGACCUGUUUUAUUUAUUCUGAUGCAAGAUAUCCCAUGA